CUUGAAAUAUAUUGCAUGCGUAUUGGAUUCGACUCUGCCGAGGACACACCUUCGAUCUCAUCGGCCGGUUAUCCCACAGGCUCUCGGUCCGGACCAAACAUCCCAACCACAUCCAUCACUCGUUCGGGCAAAUCAAAGCGAUUGGCUGCAUUCACGUUUACACCGAGAUGCACACGAUCAAAGGAAGCGCGUGUGGAUCCAUCGCAUCCGAUCGUUCUACGCGAGGCUGCAUCUAGCCAGUUCACUUCCUGUAUACCUGCUUCUUACCUCGUCUCACCAUCUCGAUCCAUAGAAAAGGUGUCUUGUCUGACUCAAGGAAAACUUGCAGCAUUCACUUUGAUAUCCUCGGUGGACAUUCCGUACCAUGAUGACCUGCUACUGGGUCGUCUUCGCACAGAUGAGGAUUCAUCCAACUUCACCGUCACUGCGCAUGAUGAGGUUAAUUCACUUCCACUUAGGCUGCUUCGCUUGCCACGAUCCUCUCCGCUGACUGGUUUUGCCGGUCUCGUCGACUUUGCAGUCUCCCUGGAGGCACGUGUGCUUACUCGAGGUUUCCUGACCAUAUUCGAAGAGGUGGAUGGUUUGGGAGUGUGGCGUAGACAUUGGUGUCAAUUAAGAGCAGACAACCUACGAUUUUGGUUUUAUUCCAAAAACGGACAAUCCGUCCAGAUUACUGCUCCUUUGGGUCGCACCGAUUUACAGCAUGUUGCUGCACCGCGUGUUGCACCCGCCCCAAGACGCAUUUGUGCUCGAGCCAACACCAAAUUUAUGCGUUCGAUCCCAAUGAUUGAGCCUGGUUGGUUGUCUGCGUCUAUCAAUGCGAGUCCUUCCGGCAAGGAUUCGAACAAGAGCAUUCUUUUCCGCUCCUCUCCAGACCAUAGAUGGUUGGAACAGAGACAUUUUUUGAGUGCGGACACGGUUCAAGAGCGCGAUUCGUGGAUAAAGUGGUUCAAACUUUCUCUGGACGCUCUAAACGACUGGAUGCCUGAGCAUUUCGCUUGUCUCGCAGCGUACGAUGCUCGUCUUGAUUUCUCGCAACCUGUCUCGUCCAGUUUGUCCGCCUUGCGUAUGCACGGUGACUGUCACUAA